AACUGAAUCCCGCGCUGGCUGAGGUGUCCCGGGCCGGUGGCGCUGGUUAUCUCCAGUGCUCUGGCCUCCGCCACCUUUGACCGGCAGCUCCGCGGGUCCUAACCCUUCUCCGCAGAGUGCCAGGCAGGUUCGGCCGUCACAGCCAGAGUUGGCGUGACCCUGGAUUAGGUGGCCCGGUAGUUAUUGUGGAAGCUGUGGUCUGGUGGCGUCAUCGUGACGCGCACACUCGCCGCGCGCCUCUUCGAGAAGCUGGAACUGAAGCCCGCAGCAGGUCCUGCUUUUUUGUUCAUCCCUAGGCCCUGAUGCUGGCCUCAGGUAGAAAGAAGUUGCUCACUGCUCUGUUGCAGGCUCAGAAGGGGCCCUUUCAACCCUCCAGAGAUAUGAGACUGGUGCAAUUUCUGGCACCCCACCUGACAGGACCUCACGUGGGCCUAGAGUCAGAGAAUGGUGAGGGAGUCAUAAACCUCAAUGCCUUUGACCCCACGCUCCCCAAGACAAUGAUGCACUUCUUGGAGCAGGGAGAGCCUGCCCUGUCAGUGGCAAGAAGUGCCCUGACUGCCCAGUUGCCAGUCCUCCCAAGGUCAGAGGUGACCCUCCUGGCUCCAAUCACGAGGCCAGACAAGGUGGUGUGUGUGGGCUUGAAUUAUGCAGACCACUGCAAAGAACAGAAUGUGUCUGUGCCCAAAGAGCCCAUCAUUUUCAGCAAGUUUGGGAGCUCCAUCGUGGGACCCUACGAUGAGAUUGUCCUCCCGCCAGAGAGUAAGGAGGUGGACUGGGAGGUUGAGUUGGCUGUGGUCAUUGGAAAUAAAGGCAAGCACAUCAAGGCCACAGACGCCAUGGCUCACGUGGCUGGCUUCACUGUGGCUCAUGAUGUGAGUGCCCGGGACUGGCAAAUGCGACGCAAUGGGAAGCAGUGGCUGCUGGGAAAAACUUUUGAUACAUUCUGCCCCCUGGGCCCAGCCUUAGUUACCAGGGACAGUGUAGCAGAUCCACACAAUUUAAAGAUCUGCUGCCGAGUGAAUGGGGAAGUGGUCCAGAGCAGCAACACCAACCAGAUGGUAUUCAAGAUUGAAGAGCUGAUAGCCUGGAUCUCCCAGUUUGUCACUCUUUACCCAGGUGACAUCAUCCUGACUGGAACCCCCCCAGGUGUUGGUGUGUUUCGGAAGCCACCUGUCUUUCUCCAGAAGGGUGAUGAAGUUCAGUGUGAGAUUGAAGAACUGGGUGUCAUCAUCAACAAGGUGGUGUGAUGGUUUUGCAAGAUGGAGCAUCCACACUCACCCAGCCUACUGCCAACCUUGUCUCCCAGUGGCCACUGUUUUCAGUAGUAGGAAAGAAUGUAGAGCUUCCAAUAAAUUUGCAAAGCCAAAGCAGCAGUUUGGCUUCUGCUCCUAUCUUC